AUGAUCAGUGUGCAAUUAAUGAAUAUAACGAAAGUGUCUCUGCGGUUAUUCCAAAUAUAUUAUCUAAAAAUCAAUAUCAAAGAUUCUGGAUAUCUUGUGCCUCCAACAAUACCAAAUAUUCAAUUAAAGAAGUUUGAAGAAGGUAAAGCAGAGUGGGUUAAAGCGGGAGAUCAGUUGCCAGAUAAUGCUGUGAUUGGUGGAUUUGAAAAUGAAGUAUUGUAUAUUGUGAGGUCCAAACACCGACGAUCAUUGACACCUGGAAAAUUUGUACCUUCGGAAGGCAUCGGUUACAUUUCAUGGGGAGGACAAGCGAAUGCUAAGGCUGGAGAGAAUCUAGAAAUUCUUUGUGGGUAUAAUUUCGUUUGGACUAAAACUAAUGGGGACAGCAUACCAUCGGGGGCCAUAGAAGGAGGUUAUUCCGAAGUGAAUCAUGAAAUAUUAUAUGUUGGUCGAGUAGAACGCAAGGGAUGUGUCAUACCAGGCAAAGUUCAGCCUUCACACAAGGUCUGUUACUUCUCAUUCGACGGCCGAGAAGUACCGAGCAGGGAAUAUGAGAUCUUAGUUCUUCCCUGA